GGCAGCAAGAGAGGGAGGCAGGAAGAGAACUGGUCCAGGGGGAGCCCGUGGGGCCAAGGCCAGCAGGGCGGGCACAGGGCAGACAUGCUCCUGAGGGGGCCAAUCUAACCCCCCCUUCUCCAGCCAGCGCUCCUCGCCCCACGCUUGCUCCUCUCGCCUUCAGCAGCAGCAGGCCCCGUGGAGACGGAAGGGGGAGGGUGUGACUUGGCGGGGAGCGCCCUGGGCCCGGCCCGCUGCGCUGGCGGGUUCCCUCAGGAGCGCGGCGCUUCCCGGGCGGGGCGGGGCUGGAGCCGAGCCCGCCCGGAGAGAAGGCAGCUCGGCGGGGCGGGGCCGCCCCUCUCCCCAAGAGAAGAGCCAUGCAGGCCCGGCCGAGUUCCCGGCAGGAGACGCUAGCCCUGCGGCGGCAGCUCAUCGGCUCUUCCUGCAAGCUCUUUUUUCCUGAAGAUCCAGUGAAGAUUGUUAGGGCAAAAGGCCAGUAUAUAUAUGAUGAACAUGGAAGAGAAUACCUUGACUGUAUCAACAAUGUGUCUCAUGUUGGGCACUGCCAUCCGGAUGUAGUAAAAGCAGCACAUGAACAGAAUCAGUUGCUAAAUACAAAUUCUCGCUAUCUCCAUGACAAUUUGGUGGAUUAUGCAAAGAGACUUUCUAAAACACUGCCUGAGAAGCUCUGCAAAUUCUAUUUUUUGAAUUCAGGAUCAGAAGCCAAUGAUCUUGCCUUGAGAUUGGCACGACAAUAUACAAAACAUGAGGAUGUUAUUGUUCUGGACCAUGCUUACCAUGGACAUCUGACAUCCUUGAUUGACAUAAGUCCAUAUAAAUUCAGAAAUCUAGAAGGACAAAAGGAAUGGGUCCACGUGGCUCCUCUCCCAGACACAUACCGUGGAAUAUACAGAGAAGACCAUAAAGAUUCAGUCCUAGCCUAUGCCAACGAAGUGAAAAAAAUAAUUGAGCAAGCACAAAAAAAGGGCAGAAAGAUUGCUGCAUUUUUCAUUGAAUCUUUGCCAAGUGUUGGUGGUCAGAUCAUUCCACCAGAAGGUUAUUUCCAGAUGGUAGCAGAACACGUACACAAGGCAGGAGGAGUUUUUGUUGCUGAUGAAAUUCAGGUCGGCUUUGGCAGGGUUGGCAAAUGUUUUUGGGCAUUCCAGCUUCAGGGAGAGGAUUUCGUACCUGAUAUUGUCACUAUGGGCAAACCAAUGGGAAAUGGGCACCCCAUCGCCUGUGUAGCAACAACUAAAGAAAUUGCAGAAGCAUUUGCAGACACUGGAGUGGAGUAUUUUAAUACAUUUGGAGGAAAUCCUGUUUCAUGUGCAAUAGGUUUAGCAGUUUUAGAUGUGAUUGAGAAGGAACAUCUUCGAGCACAUGCCACACAAGUAGGCAACUUCUUGAUGGAAUUACUGAAUCAGCAGAAGGUCAAGCAUCCUAUCAUUGGUGAUGUCAGGGGUGUUGGAUUAUUUAUUGGAGUGGAUUUGAUAAAAGAUCAAGAGAAAAGGACCCCAGCUACUAAAGAAGCUGAGUAUUUAAUAACAAGAUUAAAGAGAGAAUAUAUUCUGUUAAGUACAGAUGGUCCAGGAAGAAAUGUGCUUAAGUUCAAGCCUCCACUGUGCUUUACUAUGGACAAUGCCAAAUUAGUUGUGGACAAAAUGGAUGAAAUAUUAACAGACAUGGAAAGAGAAAAGACAUGUGAGCUAGUAGGAAAUCACCAUUAACUUCAGGCCUCAGCUCUAUCUGGCCAGGUAAGCAUUUUAUCUUUUGCAGUUUGUUUAAUUAGAAUCACUAAACUAGUAAUAACAAUGCAUUUGGUGUAAAGAUCUAAGCAAUCAAAUGUUUGUCACAUUUUUUUCAAAAUAGAUGACCCCUUCUGAUAUUUUAAUCACUAUUUUGAUUUAUGUAGGAUCACUUCAGCUUCUCAGGCCCCACAACCAUCUAUUCUCCCUCAAGUGAAAUGCCUGUUUUUUGAUAUAAUUAAAUCUUUAUCCUUAAAGCACUUCAAAAUUUGACUACUCCAAUAGCAGCUGGAUCCUUCAGAACCUGCUGCUAUGAAAAGAAUAUCACCCAUUGUGCUGUCUGUUUAUGGUGAUAGAGAGGGUAGUUGAUUUUCAAUGUAUUUCAUUGUGUUGGUUGCUGCUUAUGUGACUGCUCUACUGAACCCUUGAGUAAGGCAAGCGCAACUUGGUCCAUUCUGGAAUCUACUCUAUUCUCCUGGAGUAAUCAAAGAAGAAAAACCAAAUACUCUGAGCUUCCUCUAAGGCAUAGACCCUACCCUAUUUCUGUUGAUGUCAUUUGGAAUUUUGCCAGUAAAGGGAGUGGCAAUAAGACCAGAAGCAAAAACACAAUGUGGUGAACUAAGGAGAAACACUAAGAUGCUUCUGCAUUGCACUGGAAGUUAACUUUAGUUCAAGCAAAGGCUGUAUUAUCAGCUACAGCAGGUUAUGCCCACAUUACCUGUUUUAUUCAAGCAUGAAAAAGUUGCUUCUGAAUUAACAUAUAAGCAGCAUACCUUAACUAGUAUUUAGUCUAGAUAUGUGAAAUUAAACAGCGGGUAGAGAAAUCUUAAGGCCUGAUUUAAUUGUCAUUAAGAUUAGAGAUGCUGACUGCUGUAGGGGCUGGAUGUCAGCUUUCAGGUGUAUGCAAUGUAACUGAUCACAAAAACUUUAUGAAGGUAGUUCUCCUUUUUAGUUGCUUAUUUCCUAUAUCAUUAUAGAAGGAAGAGUUGCUACAGUACAUGGCAGAGUCUGCAACUUUGCUUUAAAUACAACGUAGGAGGAGAGGCAUUGACCUGGUUAAUUUCCUUUAUGUAAAGAAAAAUAUGAAACCUGAUACAUACUCUCCAAUGUUUUAUCUUUCAUCUAUAGGUUCCAGACACUAAUUUGACAAAAUCUACUACAAAGGAUCAUUAAAUCCCCAUAACUAGUGCACAUUUAGGCUAAACAAUUACAUUUGAAUCUGCAACGUUUAGUAACGCUUCUGUAGCGGUAAAAAGCUUUAGAGAAAAUACAUAGGCAUUAUGAUAUAGUUUGCUUCAGCUGUAGGAAAGGUGGUGUGGGAUUCACUUAAUUAGCAGCCAGUUUCAGAAAACAAUGACUACCCAGGAGUUAUUUUCCUAUUCUAGCUCUUAUGUCCCACAUUUUGCAGCAUUUUUCUGGUUUGAGCUGUUCCAGUGACUAUAACCAUCUGAGCUUGGCCAAACAUUCUGCCAUCCCAUAGAACCCAACAAUCAUGUGUAUCUGUCCUUAUUUUGCCAUACUUCAGUGUCUCACCAGGUACACCACCUGAUUUAUUUUGUGCCAAUAUAAGGUCUAAAGAGCUAGACUGGUUUUCAGCCAUAGGUUUCAAACAGAUGGUUCUCGGUCCCAAACUGUACAAAAGUUCCCUAUGAAUUGCCUUCUGAGGACAUGUUUAGUGAGGAAAGAGGAGGUCCAAUCUAUACCUUGUUAAAAGGGGGGAGGGGGCUAGCUCAGUGGUUUGAGCAUUGGCCUGCUAAACCCAGGGUUGAGAGUUCAAUCCUUGAGGGGGCCACUUAGGGAUCUGGGGCAAAAUCUCCCACACUUCCAUUGCUUAUGAGAAGUAGUGAGCAGUGAACUGAGAGAGAGUUAAUUGCACAAAAUGGCAGUGCUGCUCUACUAGAUCAUGGAAGCUGCUACAGGGAACAGAAAACCUACUUUCUACAGAGUCUAAUAAAGGUGUUAAACAGAUUAUGAUGUUGCUGCCUUGCAUAUCUGUAUUGUGGAAGCAUAAGCUCUUUCCACCCACAAAGUCACCAUAGAUCUUGUGGAGUGACCCUGGCUGCCAUCGGGAACAGAAGCACUGACACCUUGGCAGGCAAUAAAGCCCAAUCUUCUUGUCAGUUCAGUACACCUGAUAUAAAUCUUUAGUGCUCUUUAACCAUCUGAAGUGUGCUACAUUUUUUUCUGUUGGGUGCUGUGGCUUUGGACAGAAUGAAGGGAGUAUAAUUUCCUUGUGAGGUAUGGAAUGAUGAUUCUGGGAUUCUUAGCAGCAUGUUGUCAUGUUACAAUAGAGUUCUUAUAUGGUAUAGAAGUGCCACUUCAGAAACUCACCUAGCAGACAUAAUAGUAACUAAAAGACAGUUUUUGUAGAUAGGCAGAAUGGAGAUACAGAUCAGUGGCCCCACGGGUUGUGUGGUAUGGGCUUUUAAUGCCACUGGUAGGCUUCCACAAAUAUUGGCUGAACCACGUGAACUGCUCUGAGAAAUCUGGAUAGCCGAGGGUUCUGUCAAGGAACCAGAGAAUCUUGCAAAUAGGAUGUUUCUUAUAAGCGGACACCUGGCAUGUUAUGGUGCUGGGCUAAAGUCUCUUGUCUACAUCUUCCUGAAUAAAGUCCAGGAUUGUUGAUAUUUGUUGUACUGUUCUUGACACCAUGAGCUAAACCUAGUCCACAGGGAGGAGUAGACCUUUAGUAUUGAAGCUCACCUAGUAAAGAGGACAAUUCCACUCCCAGUGGAGGAUAGCUCUAGCACACCUAAUACUUCCCAUCUCAAGAGCCAGACUAUCAGCUGUAGAUGAUUUGGGUGUGGAUGGAGGAAUAUGCCUUGGUAAAGGAUGUCUCAUCUCACAGGUAGCUGCAACAGUGGCUCCAAGUUCAGUUCAGUUCUAUCUGAUUGGAGAACCAUGCUCUCGUUGGCCACUGAAGACCUAGUAUCUUUUCUAGAAGUAGAAAGGGAAGAAAUGCAUAUACAGGCUAUAGUGCCAUCUGCAAAAGAGCAUCCAUCCCCAGGGAUUCCUCUGGUAGAUUAUUUCAAAUGUUUGUUGUUCUUGUGAUUGGUGAAUAGGUUGACCACCAGAAAGCUGAACUUGUGCAAAAUCAAAAUGGACUUCCUCAGUCAGGCACUGUUCUGAGGCAAGUCUGUCUUGGUUCAGCUCUCCUUUUACAUUUAUUGCUCCUGUAGCAGGGAGAAUCCUCUUUACCUGUUCCUCUCCCUCUCUUGUGCAAGUAGUUACUCCACAUUCCUCAUAGGUUAAGAUACACCAGAAUGGGAGUCUUGUCUGACUGGAUCAGAAGCACUCUUAGUUCUGAAAUCUCCAUUGCACUAGUUUACACAUUUGAGCUCCACAGGUUGAUGCUUCUUCCCCAAGGGUUCCAGGUGCCUGGCCCUGUCCUGUGCCCCAGCUGUACUUCCCAUUCCAUCUAGCCACAAGUACCAAGAGUCUGGAAUGCAUACAGGGAGACUCUUGUGGCUGUUCUGUGGGAUAAUGCAUUAGCUGAGUGUUCAACACAUGGCUCAGAACCAGCACCUGAUGCAUGCAUUCUUGUGAAUGGAUCUAUGCUUUUAUUAGGAAGUACUGGAGAUAAUGUAUAUGGGACCUUGUCCAGGGGUUUAUUUCUGUGCAUGAAAGCAGGAAGAUCAGCAUCUGUGUCAAUAUUUAACUAUGGUGGUAAAGUACAUAAGAGACUAUAGAUAUCAAGUCCUGGAUCGUGAGGAAUUUGUCCAGGGAUAGGUAGACUGCUGGUUGCUGAGGUGGCUGCUAUGGCCCUUGCCUAAAGUCUCAUUGCAGCAAGUGUGAUCUGCCACCAAGGCUGCUGGGAUGGCUUAUCCUUCAUAACUAGGCUACUGUAGCUCUUCCAAAGGGCAGGAUAGUCUGAGGGUGGCCACUGAAACCUUGAGACCCUUUUAUCUCUAUCAGGUGGUUGUUUAGGAGAGAGAUUCAGUAUGAUUACUAUAUCUUUUGUAUGAGCUAGUACUACAGAAUUAAUCUAGAACAGCGUUUUGCCAUGGCUGAGGGGAGCUAGAAGAGUCUGGAAAUAAGCAGUGGAUUGUUGGUUCAAGGUGGCUGAGGCUAUCCCACUGCUAAUUAUGCAGAGGAAGAAGAAAAUUAAGUUGCCAAAGAACAGGUGGGAGCAAAGUGGUGCUUGACUGCUGCUGCAGAAGCAGGAGACUAGGCAGCAGGGGAGGUAAGAGGAAUGGUGGGGGAGUUGUCUACAGGUGCACAUGCCCUGCUACAGCUUUAGACUGCCUCUGGAAAUUGCAAAGGGGGGGGGGGGUAGAAAUAGGAGAGAGAACAACCCAUCUCUAUGUGCUGUAUUAAGCGAUUUGGAAAAAAUGCAGCUGUGAAGCCAGAGACUGGGAACAGCUUAGGAGCUAAAAUUAUUUUUCGUUAAGUCAAGCUCAGUGUCCUUUAAAACUAACAUCUCUAAAUCCAUUCUACCAAAAGAAAAAACCCCUUACCAAAAAAAAUUAAAUUAAGCCUUAAUUUGUAAACCUUUAGGUAGUAAAUGAGUGCUAGAACUACAUCUGCUGCUAGUCCUGGCAAUUUAAACAAAUGCUUCUACAAUAGAUGCUUUCCACCAAGCCCACUGGCAUUACUCCAUUAACACUAUUGACCUUUUUAGGUACACUUACUCCCAGUGGAGUUUAGUUUACCUUCUGUACUAGGGAAUGCAGUUAUUGUAAGGUAGGAAAGGAAAUGCAGUAGAAGUUAAAAACCAUACAACAAAGAGUCAGUUACUUGUGUGUAAGGUCAGCUUGUAGUCUUGGUUUUCAGUUGCUCUGUUAGGUUAAUCCUUUUAAGAACUAAAAUUUCAGCCAUACUGCUUAAAAUUUAGGUGUGUCUGCUACAUUGAAAUAUCAAAGCUAUGCUAGGUAUGUGGCAAUGUCACUUUGAAAUGGUUCUUCCAGUUCCCAUCAAGAAAGCCCAACAGUGGGUGCCAUUAAAUAGAGUACUCUGAGGUGGUAUUUGGAGUAGUCAGUAAGCCUAGAAUAAGAGAUACUGCAGUGAGUAGGUACAAUGCAGGACAAAAGUUUGAGGAAUUGAUAUUCUUACCCCUGGAGAAACAGUGUAGCCUGCACAAUUUUGGACUGGCAUUUUAAAUGCCAGUUUUAUCGUUACAGGUUUUGUUUGCUUUAAUUUAUAUAAAGCCAGAAAAGUUGUUUGUCUUUAUAUUAGAAAUUCAAGUUCUGUCUAUCCCACUUUUCCUGGAAGGCUGGAAAAUGGGAGGGUAAAAGAGAUUAAGUCACAAGUUCAAGGACAUGAGACCUGCGCACAAAUGAGGAGGAAAUUUUUUAGUCACUAUUUAAGACACCAUUUAACAAUGCCUGGUAAAAGCAGGAGAAAAAAAAGAGGGAUUCUUCUCCUUAGUCUCCCCUCCACAGUUCUGAUCCUUCAAUGAAGCUACCUGCAAACAUCCAUUCUCAGUCUCUGCCUAGAUCAGUGGUUCUCAACCUGCAGUCCAAUCAGCACAGAGCUGUAACCCAUGUGACAUCCUUAGUGCCAUACAGGUAGUAUUGGAUGCACCCCACAUAACAAUGGUAAAUAGGUUGAGAACCCUCCUCCCCUAGGGUUUGGCUUCUUUCUAGAAAGCCGAGGCAAAGUCAACUACUAGUACACAGUUAAGCUUAAAGGAUCAUUACAGUUGUCUGGAAGACAAGAUAUUCAAAAGCCGCCACCACUCCUGGACAGCUCAAUUUCAGUGAGGGAUUUCUACUGAGUUUUCUGUUCUGUAAACUCACAAUUGAGUUGGAGCAGAUGCUCAUUUUCAAGUGCGAGCACACCACUGACCAACACAGUCUGGUUUUAAAGUCCAACCUUUAACUGAUGAGAUUGCUAUGAACAACUAAUUUUACUUCAGUUCUGGAAGCAGUACACCCGAGUUGUACUGAUACAGCUGAAGAAUAGCACAAGACACUAGAUUACACCUUUUUUAUUUCAAAAGCUAGGAUAGCUUCAAUAUCCAUGUCAUGGUGAAUCAGAACACAUGUAAAAUACCUUACAAUACAUUAGAUUCCAAAAAGGUACCAAAAAGUACAGUAAAAUUAACACUUCCAUUACAGGAAAUGUAUGACACAAAAACAAUACAAAAUAAAAAGGUGGAAAGUGACACUGGUUCCCUAAGAUACAUCUCAUUCUGUACAACUGGAGUAAUGCAGAGUCCAUAGUAAACUCCAAGAGGCAGUCCCUAGUUGCAGAGCUGCAGCUUUAAGCAGACCCUCAAAAUCAGUUUCAGUUUAACCUAUUAAUAAAAUCAUUAAUUAAUAUCUUCAGCAAGACUGAAGUUUACACACCACACUGUCUAGACAACUAGUUAUCUGUAAAUAUUAAACAUGUAAGACAUUUCCAGGGAGCUCUUGAGUAAGAUGCACAUUUAACAGGCCAUAGAAAUUUAUUGUAAAGUUAAAUUUGGUACAUAAUUGUAAUAUCCAUCUACAGCAUUGAGUACAAAACCUAUGCAGUCAUUUUCUAAAAGAGACCAUGCCACUGCAUACCUGAAUAAAUUUGAUCAAUAUGGCUUGUAAUUAUUCUGAUGACCACCACGUCUUGGACUUUUCCCAUAAUUUGCACUGCCUUGACCUAUAAACAAGAGAUCAAAUGCAUUAAGCUGCUAUUACUUAUGGUGCUCAUACCCAAUACAUUUCUCUUUACUUACUGUAAUCAUAGCCUGGUCCAUAUUCAUAAUACCCACAUCCUGAAUAAUCAUAGCCUCCAUAGCCACCAUAACCUUGCUGAUAGCCGUAUCCUUGAUUCCCAUAACCCUGGGUCCAGUAAUUGCCAUAACCUGGAUUCCAAAUUUGACUUUGAGCUACAGAAGGGAAAACCAUCCACAAAAUCCCAUUUUAGUACAAGCAUCUUAGUUCUGAAUGCGUCCAUACUUAAGUAGCGUGUGCAACACUUACCACCUCUUCCACCUCUGCCUCUUCCUCCAUAGCUGCCUCUUCCUCCACCACUACUGAAUUGUUGCUGCUGGUAUACUUCCUUUGGCUGCGCUACCUUGAUCUCACACUGAAAAAAAGCAAGGAGAGCAGUGUGCUUAAGUACAACACUGCCUUUGUAACUGAAAAUGUAAAGUAGGAGAGCUGUGAUUUUACUGGUAGUCUACAGUGGCUCUCAACCUUUCCAGACUACUGUACCCCUUUCAGUAGUCUGAUUUGUCUUGUGUACCUCAAGUUUCACCUUACAAAAAACAAAAACAAACACUAUUUCUGAAAAAUUGCUUACUUCCUCCUUGAGAGCCACUGGUCAAGAGGAUCCAAAUAAAGAGAUCCCAGAAGUUUAAAUUGGUAGUCUUUUGCAGAUUUGAGAUUUUAAAUCAACAGUGCUUGUGGAUAUUCCGCUCCUGUUUACUGCUGCAAGGUCACCAGGGAGUGCUAUUAAAGGGGCACAGUCAGACUGAAGUCAAAAUGAUCAUGUUAAAAUCACUUCAACAGCUAUUAAAUCUAAGUUUAAAUUUUGUGCAUUUAACAGCACUUCAGCUAAUUUAUUGGUGUAGGUCUCACAGUAAGUUACCUACCCUAAAAUAUUAAAGUUAUUUUAAAACCACAAGGGGACUUGCACAAGUGUAGCAGCUGAACUCAUUUUCUGAGGUUAACACUAUCCUUUACAAAACUUGCUGCAGUAUCAGCAGAAAGUCUAUUCUUUGAGAAAUCCCAGAAGAGUAUGUAUGCAUGCAUGCCUGCCAGAGCCCUUCAAGUAAUAGUCCAACUUAAUUAAUGAAAUACAAGUUGUCCUUACUGCAUCAGUGUACCUGAAGACCAGAAAUGAGUCACUACAACAAUUAUUUCAGAAAGCAUGAGAUUCAGUUUAAACUAGAUACCAACCUCUGAAAUUGGGGAAAUAAUUGCUUCAAGUUGAAUCAUUUCCUACCUUGCUUCCGCUAACAUUAUGGAAUUUUUUUUCCAAGAUCUUCUUGACUGGAUCUUCUUCCUUGAAAGUGAUGAACACAAAGCCUCUCCUUUUGUUGGUCUUUGGAUCCAUUGGAAGUUCAAUUGCUUCAAUCUGAAAAACAUUAAAUAUUACAAUUUCAGGACCAUUACUUUUCACUGUAUUGUUACGUUCUGUAUUUCAUGCCCGAACAUGUUAGCAUUAUCAUGGUAUUUAUGUAACAGAAUAGCAUAAACUUUCUUUAAGCCAAUUCAUACAAGUUUAGAGCUCCAGCCUUCCAAAAUAGGAUUUAAAUAUGGGGAUAAAUGUUCCCAAAUUACAGAACAAGUACUCGAUUAGACCACAAAAAUGUCAAGUGCACAUCUGGCAAUUUCUGCCUUGAGCUGUAGUGAUGGUCAUCUCUUUACGUGCAUGACUUUUUGAAAGUCAAACCCUUAUAAUUUUAAGUUACUACUAUAACAAAUGCUUAGCAUUUUGAAUAGUUCAAGGUAUUUUGGAACAGAAGUUAUGUAAACUUGAAGAUCCAGUCUAUGUUCAGUUUACAAAAUAUAAUUACAGCAUAUUCUGCUGUAUUUCAGCCCGUACCGGGAUUAAAGUUACAUACCUCUCCAAACUCUCCAAAGUAUUCCCGGAUUUUCUCUUCUGUGGCUUCAGGGUUAAGUCCACCAACAAAAAUUUUCUUCACUGGAUCUUUUUUCAUUGCCAUGGCCUUCUUGGGGUCAAUAAGUCGCCCAUCUAACCUGUGUUCUUUCUGUUCCAAUACCUGCAAAUAAUUUGGUAUGGCAAGAUUAAUUCGUGUAAAAGGAGAUUUUCACUAGAAUUUAGAAAGAUCAGAGGUAUAAUCUUAAACUAACCUUGUCAACACUUCCAGCUUCUUUGAACAAAAUAAAUCCAAAACCUCUUGA